CAGGCUGCGUUCCAUUACGUUUUUCUCUGCUUCUCUUAAAUCUUACGCGCUCAAAACUAACAGUAAGCUGUUUUAAUUACAAAAUAUAAAUAAAUGUAUAUUUAGUCUUUAGAAAAGCUACUAAAAUUUUGUAAUGCUCCAAACAAAGGAGACGAAUUAACGGAUAGCGUUGGUAAAAGUGUGAAGAGUUUCGGAAUGGAACGCGUCCCGAAGGGAUCUAACUGCUCCUCUAAUCACACGACACGGUACUACGGAGGCAAAAGUGGCUGAAGAGGACCAGAACAGAGUGAAACCGGUUCAAACAACUCUUAAAAUUGGCCGCCCGAGGAAGUGCAGCCUAAACGCUCCGGCUCUUUCGGUGUUCGCGGAGGAGGCGGCUGCAGCAGGAGCUCCCUCGGGAGGUUGCUCUUCUCGGCGGGGGCAGAGAAACGCUUCUUGGAGUCCAGCCGGAGCAGAAAUGAGCGGGGUCCCAUAGGCGCGCGCGCGCGGGCGGGUAGCGGGUCUCCCAGAGACAAACCUAUUGUCUCGGACAGAAGAUGGGGCACCCCCCUCUAGAGUUUUGUGACUGCUACAAGGACAGUCCGGACUUCAGAGAGACGCUCAAGUGCUAUGAACUCGAGCUGGACAGGACGAGCAAAUUCCUGAAAGAGUUGAUAAAAGAUGGCAACAGUGUAAUUAAUGCAAUCAAAGGCUAUUCCUUGGCCGUACAGAAGUUUUCCCAGACACUCAGUGCAUUCCAGUUUGACUUCAUUGGUGACUCCCUGACAGAUGAUGAGAUCAACAUCGCUGAGUCAUUCCAGGAGUUUGCCGGCCUCCUCCAGGAAGUGGAGCACGACAGGAUGAUGCUGGUUCAGAAUGCAUCAGAUCUGCUCAUCAAACCCCUGGAGAAGUUCAGGAAGGAGCAGAUAUCCGUCACUAAAGAAAAGAGGAAGAAGUUCGAGAAGGAAAGUGAAAAAUAUUACUCCCAGUUGGAAAAACAUUUGAGUAUUUCUGCCAAGAAGAAGGACAGUCAGCUUCAGGAGGCGGAUGAAGUCGUGGAAAAAGAGCGUCAGAAUUUCUAUGAAACUUCGGUGGAGUACGUGUACCAGAUCCAUCAGGUGCAGGACAGGAAGAAGUUUGAUGUGGUCGAGCCGGUACUGGCGUUUCUUCACAGCAUUCUGACGCUCAACAACCUGACAGUGGAGAUGACUCAGGACUUCAUGCCGUACAAGCAGGAGCUGCAGCUCAGCUUGCAGAACACCAGAAACCACUACGAGAGCACGUGUGAGGAGUUGGGGGACCUGAUGAAACGGGUGAAGCACCCCUCCUACAUCUCUAAGAUGCAAAACUUUUUCCCGAUGGAGGGGUUUCUGUUUUGUCAUGAGAAGCGCGCUCUGGGAGCAUCGUGGGUUAAGUAUUAUUGCAAAUAUAGCAAGGAGAACAAGCAGCUGAUCAUGGUGCCCUGUGAGCAGAGGCCUUCAGUGAAGCAGAGCCCGACGAUUCUCACUCUGAAGUCCUGCAUCCGCCGGAAGACGGAGUCCAUCGACAAGCGCUUCUGCUUCGACGUGGAAACCGUGGAGAGAAACACACCCGUCACCUUCCAGGCUCUUGCGGACGGAGACAGGAAGUUGUGGAUGGAGGCCAUGGAUGGAAAAGAACCUAUUUAUCAUUCCCCGAUUCAGAAGCAAGCGGAAAUGGAGCUCAACGAAACUGGAUUUAAGUUUGUGCAGAAAUGCAUCAACUGCAUUGAAACUGAAGGAGUCACACAGGAAGGAGUGUACAGAACAGUUGGCAGCAACAUCCAAGUGCAGAGGCUUUUAAAUGCCUUCUUUGACCCUAUAUCCCCAACAGAUGUGAACCUUCACAGCAGCGACUGGGAAGUUAAAACCAUUACAAGCGCUUUAAAGUUUUAUUUGAGGAGUCUGUCUGAACCCCUAAUGACCUACGAUCUGCACAGAGACCUCAUUUGUGCUGCUAAAUCCGAUAAUCCAGACGUUCGACUCAGUGAAAUUCAUUCACUCACCUACAAACUUCCAGCGAAGAACCGGCAAAUGCUGGAGCUCCUGAUUAAUCACUUGGGGAAGGUGUGCAGCCACAGUGAUGAAAACCUGAUGACUCCCUCCAACAUGGCAGUCGUCUUUGGGCCCACGCUCCUGAGAGCAAAGGAGGAGACGGUGGCGGCCAUGCUUGACAUCAAGUUCCAGAAUAUCGUGGUUGAGAUUCUGAUUGAGGAUUAUGAAAAGAUCUUCAGUGGCUUGCCGGAGGACAGCGCCGCGCCACCCCUCCCUCCCCCGCGGAUCAACCCCAGAAAGCGGCAGCCCAUCACAAUCUCCAAGCGGACCGCUCGUGUUUAUCAAGCUCUUAGUCACGAUCGCUUUGAGCACACACAGAAUGGGCAGAGUGACACCUCCACCGUGGAUGGGGAUGCCUGCACCAGCCCCCUGAAGCGGACCAAAGCUGUAAGCCACGCGUCGCCGUUUCCAACAGAGCUUCCUCCGAGGCAGCCGGCGAUGCCCAGACCAGCUAACCGUCAGGACAAACCCGCAGACUCUGAUCAUAUGAAGAUCUGCAAUGCAAGGCUGAAGCCAGAUUCGUCUUUGGCAGCAAACGGCGAGUCUGCGGCCUACGUGAGCAGGGUUCCAUCAUUUCACAACAAGAAGCAGCUAGUGAAAGUCGACUCCGACGGCUUGAAUAAGACGAAACCCGCAGAGAAACCGGUCAUCUGCAGACCCCCAGUGCGGCCUCCGGAGCCCCCCAACAGAUGCCCUGUUGCACAAAAGCUCCCAGCCGCCGCAGCCAGCAGUGAGGCAACCUCCACAUCUUACGUUGCAUCAAAAACCAAGUUUUUCGAAAAUGCAUCCAGACAAGUUGGCAGUCCCCUGGCCUCUCCGUCACCACCAGUGGGGAAGAAAUUUUAAAAAAAGAGGCACCGGGUCCACAUGAAACUGAAGGUGGUCACCACUUUGACUGAGGAAGCACCCCUCUGUUUAUAUUUGAAAAACAGCUUUUACUUGAUUGGGUUGGAGUAAUCUGUGGUAAGAAAAUUGCUGUGAAGAAACAGCAAUAAGCUGGACUGGAGAAGGUGUCGACUUUUGGCUGCAAUCCUUAUUCCAAAGUCAAAGUUGAGGAUUUUCCUUUUGAAUUUUAACCCAAAUUCUGAACUGAUAGUUUUAUUGGUUUUUACAUUUUUUUUUUGUCCAGAUUAAUUAUUGAUGUAUAACUUAACAGUUCAAACUGUUAAAGAGUAACCAUAGUGUUGACGUAUGUUUUAGAAAAAAACUGAACCUUUUGUGUUUUUAUAAUUGAAAUUUAAACAGAUUGAAAAAGUUACUGCUUAAAUAUUUUUAACAUCUUGCUUGCCAAAAAAAACCCCAGAUUUGUAACAAUUUAAAAUAUUUUCUGUUGAAAGUCCAGUCAGUUUAACUUAAGUUUACCCGUGAUGUUUUCAAAUGUACUUAUUUACCUAAUCCAGGUAUGUUAGGACACUCCAAUGUUUAGUUUUAGUGUCAUUAUUUUGCUGUUUAAAUGCUUAAACACACACAACUGUUUGUUUUUUCUGGAGAAAAAUAAACAGAGGAGUUUAUUAAAAUGAUUUGAAAGUA